ACGCGAUUAUUUCAGACACAGAAAAAAGCAGAUUCUUGGUCUAUAUAGUUAUAUAGAAUCUAUAUAUAUGCAGAUACAAAUUCGCCCAUUUCCGAUUACAACCAACUGUUAUCAGCUCUAAAGUUUUCUUGGGAGUCUUUUUGAUAAUUCUCUGGUGAAGAAGCAUUUUUGAAUAUCACUUUGAUGGCAGUGAAGACGAAUGGGUUCACGGAAGUUACUUUUCCGGAAGAGCUGAUGAAGCUAUUGGUAUCUAUGGCUUCAAAUUGGGGGGAUGUGAUUGAUCCAAAAACAUCAUUGCAAGUGGUGCACUUGAAGGGUGCUAUGACUAAUCAGGUUUAUCAGAUAAGUUGGCCUACAAACAUGGAUAAUGUCAACAGAGUGGUUUUGGUUCGAAUUUAUGGGGAAGGCGUUGAGCUUUUCUUUAACCGGGACGACGAAAUUCGGACCUUUGAGUGUAUGUCAAUGCACGGACAGGGCCCUCGCCUUCUUGGCCGAUUUCCGGAGGGCCGGGUGGAGGAGUUCAUCCAUGCCAGGACACUGUCAGCUGGUGAUCUCCGUGACCCUGAAGUAUCUUCUCUUGUAGCAGCUAAAUUGAGGGAGUUCCAUAAUCUUGAGAUGCCCGGUCCUAAGAAUGUAGUCCUUUGGGACAGAAUGAGAAACUGGCUUAGUGAGGCAAAAAGCUUUUGCUCCCCUGAACAUGCUAAGGAAUUGAAGUUGUAUAGCUUAGGGGAGGAAAUCUGCAAAUUGGAAAAGGAGUUAUCAAGGGACCAUCAAGAUACUGGCUUUUGUCACAAUGACCUGCAAUAUGGUAAUAUAAUGGUGGAUGAAGAGACAAGAUCGGUCACUUUAAUUGAUUAUGAGUAUGCCAGUUACAAUCCUGUUGCAUAUGACCUUGCAAAUCACUUCUGUGAAAUGGUAGCAAAUUAUCAUUCUGAGACGCCCCAUAUUUUAGACUACAGUAUAUACCCAAAUCUGGAGGAGCGCCAAAGAUUUGUGCGUGUAUAUCUCAGCUCCACAGGCAAUCAACCCAGUGACACUGAAGUUGAGCAGCUUGUCCAGGAUGCUGAGAAGUACACACUAGCAAACCAUCUGUUUUGGGGGUUAUGGGGAUUAAUCUCGGACUACUUGAAUAAUAUUGAGUUUGAUUACAUGGAGUACUCGAGGCAGAGGUUUCAGCAGUACUGGCUGAGAAAGCCCAAACUCUUGGGCACCUCAGGAGUAUUGUCUCCCUGAUGAUGGUUCAAAGGGUUGAGAAGAAUUUACUACAGAAAGUGCUUUAUUGUUCUUACUUGUGUAAAUUCAUAUAUAUAUAUAUAGAUGUAUAGGCACAGGUAGAUAUGAUAUCUGAAUUGGUCAGGCAUUUAUACACAUUGCAAGUCAUGGAGGCUGUAUUGUUUGAUUCACUUGUGAAUUAAUCUUAUACAAUUGGAAAUGAGUAUUUCUUAUAGUUUUGGGUAAA